GCACUGGUGAUAGCAUCUACCUCAGUUUAUCUUCCUCGACUGCCGAACAUCAACAUUUCAACUUCAACUGAAUAUAAAAAUAUAAAAAUUCAAAAAUGAUGAAAUCAAUUUGUUUAAUUUUGAUUGUGUUGACCGUUGAAAGGACCUACGGACUGGAAGACAUCGCAAAAAUUUUGGCCGAUUGUAAGACCUCCGAAAAGGUUCCCGAUGUGGAAAUUAUGAAUUUUAAGAACAAGGUUAUGUCAGAAACAAAAGAAGCUAAAUGUCUAACAACAUGUAUAAUGGAAAAAGUGGAACUUAUUAAGGGUAACCAGAUCAACGUAAAUGGAAUGUUGGAAUUAGCGAAAUCGAUGCCGAAUUCCAAUGAAAAGAUGUUGCAAAGCGCUACCGAAGUAGUAGAUGAAUGCAAGCCGAUCAAGGAAGCGGAAAGGUGCGAAUAUGGCUUCAAAGUUUCGAAAUGUUUAAUGGACGCUGCAGCUAAACGUCAAUUGGGUAGCAUUUUCAUGUAAUUUUCUUCCUCUAAUUUCACUUUGUCGAAAUGUAAAAUAAAAUUUGAUUUGAAAUGAA